AUGUCUCAGUUGCCUUUUGAAGAUGAAAACCAUAUGGUGAUGUUUCUACCGGAUACGGAGACGUCUCCUCGGUACAGCAAAACCGUUGAGACUCAUCCCGGCACACCUCGGGAGGCGGAAGCACCCCCCCCUCUGCCAAAGGAGAACUGGCAGUGUCCGCGGAAAUGGCCUUUCUAUGAGUACCGAGUGAUGUGGCGGGAGUACUUCGCGGAGUUUUUCGGGAUGUGGGUGUUCAUGACGCUUGGCCAGGGCACGAGCGCGACGACGACCUUCCUCACGGCGAAGUUCCCCAACCAGCAGGCGGCGGCAGGGGAGGUGCUCGUGAUGUUCGGCUGGGGCCUCGCCGUGACAAUGGGGCUCUUCGUCUCGAUGGGGGUCUCCGGCGGCCACCUCAACCCCUCCGUAACAUUCGCUAACUGUCUUUUUGGUACGAUGCCGUGGCGGAAGUUCCCUGGCUACGUGUUCGCCCAAACCCUCGGCGCGUUCACCGCCGCGAUGUGCAUGUACCUCCUCUUCUACGGCCGCUUCAAGGACGCGAAGCGGGCGUUGGCGCCCGGGGAGACGAUGACGUUGAAGUACGGCGGGAUAUUUUGCACCUACCCGCAUGAGUCCAACGCAGUGUGUGUGUGGAACGAGUUUCUCGAUACGACGAUUCUUCUUUUUUGCAUCAUGGGCAUUUUUGAUUCCCACAUGACCCCCGCGGAUACCUACAAACCGGUGGCAGUGGGGCUGCUCAUCAUCACGAUUGCCGUAUCCAUUGGGAUAAACUCGGCCUUCGGCAUGAAUCCCGCACGUGAUCUUGGGCCUCGAAUCGCCUCCGCUUUGAUUUUUAGGACCACUGAUCCGUUUACACUUUUCGAUUAUUAUUUCUGGAUUCCUACAUUAGUCCCUCCAUUUGGGGCUGCUUUUGGGAUGUUCUUGUAUACCAUUUUCAUUAUCCCAGGAAAAAAAUGA